GCUGCUUGAAGCAAAUACUCUCUUUGCCAUUAGAACCAAUCUCAAGAGAUAAGGAAAAGAAAACUUCACAAGACAGAACACAGAGAGAGAGAGAUGAGCCGUUGCUGCUCUCUUGGGCUCUGUGCCCCGAACGCGUUGUCUCUUUAUUCAAGCCCUCGCAGUGUCAAAGCUCCUCUCUGUAUUACAUCUCACACCAAACCCAUCUCUAACACCGAUUCUCUUCUUCAUAAUAUUGCCAAGAUGAGAGCAAAGGCUGGUGACUUCUUUGGAGCAAAGAAGACAAUCUUUGCAGCUCAACUCGGGACAGUUCUUGCCACGAUUGAUCACCCGGCCUUGGCAAUAACUGGAGUCAACCACGAGCAGGAACUGAGCAGCGUUGUGCUCGAUAUCGGUAUCAUAUCGGUCUGGUACUUCCUCGUAAUGCCACCAAUUAUCAUGAACUGGCUGAGAGUAAGAUGGUACAGAAGGAAGUUCUUCGAGAUGUAUCUACAGUUCAUGUGCGUCUUCAUGUUCUUCCCCGGGCUACUGCUAUGGGCACCAUUUCUCAACUUCAGAAAGUUCCCAAGAGAUCCGUCUAUGAAGUAUCCUUGGGACAAACCAAAAGACCCUUCCACUAUCAAGAACGGUUACCUUAAGUACCCAUUUGCUCAGCCAGAAGAUUAUGACUACUAAAAUCUUGAUUUACAGAAAGUUUGUUAUAUAUCUUGUGACUGUAUACACUCUUCUUAUACUCAGGCAUAAGGCUCUAUGUUCAAUAUAAUCAUAUGGCUAUUAAACUCAAAACAUAUAAUAAACAGAAAUAACUUUA